GGCCGCAACCAUGUCGGUGGCAGGUACGACGCCGACGUGGUGUGGUCAUGUACUACAGUAGACGACUACCACAAGGGACGAUGUAGAGUCGUUGCACAUGUGGGACGAGAUCAAUCGCCUCAAGCAGCACGUGGCAGACCUGCAGCGCAACGAGCGCAUGCUGAUCGACGCGGCCAACGCCGCCGCAGACGACCGCGACCGGUUCGUGACGCAUCCGCAAUUGCAAGCCGGACUUGCGCUUAAGGCAUCGACCACGGCCGUGCCCACGGAAAUAGGCAAGCUACGGGCGGACCUGUUAGCAGCCAUCGCGACCAAGGCCGACGUGACGUUGGUGGACGCUGUGCACCUCAAGAAACUGGACAUUGCGACCUUUGACGCACAAGUGCGGGCCACAGACAAGCUACGGUUCAUCCUGGAGCAGAUGCUGCGGGAUAUGUUUGCCACGUUCGCGUUGCAUGUGGAACGGGAUGUCCGCGACGUUCAAGCGCUCCUGGACGUGAACGAGAAGCGUAUUUUAGGGGCAUUGACCGGUCUCGAGAGUGCCAAGCACGACCAUUCGUUCUUGUGCGAGCGGGUCCGAGCCGUCGAGCGCAAGACUGGUGGCGGACAGCCCAAGAACGAUGCGGGAACGUUCUUCCGAACAGACGACCAGACGACGUUUCAGUCGUUCGAAGCCGCCGUCAACACGUUGCACGCCGAGUCGGUCGUGGCCAACGCCGCCACUGCCCAACUCAGCGCCACUAUUGCGACGAUGCAAGCUGCGAUCGAUGCAGUGCACACAGAAACGUCCAAGUCCGAGCACGACAUCGGGGCCGCCAUUGCCGCCGAAGUCCGAAAAGCCCACGCCGCCGACGCCAAGUUGUUUCAAGCGAUCGAGGCAAAGCAAGCCGAGCUCGCCGAGAACGUUCGACGCGCCCAAGAGACGGCGGCGUUGGCAGUGUCCGCCGUGGACGACUUCAAGUCGGAUGCGUCGACGAUCCUCCAAAACACAUGCGAUAAAAAUGUGGCGGCGGCGGUGAAAGCGAUGGGCACCGAAACGAAUCACUUGAGAGAUUUGAUCAAGCGCAACCAAUACGUGGCCUCAGAACACACCAAGACAGUCGAAGGGAUGGUCCGGUGCACGAGCCAAGCGUUGACUGCACUCGAGAAAAAGCUGCACGCGCUUGGAAUCGUGUGCCAUUCCACGCGCCGAGAUAUUGUUGAAAUGAAAGCGCCGUUUCUUACCGAAGUGGCCAAUUUGAAAGCCGAAAAUAACGCCAUCUUGCAUGAAAUUCGUCGCCAGCAGGACGUGUCGAGGGAGCUUGUCCUAGACUACAAGGACUAUGUCGACCAGCACGACGCCAACCCACUCAAGCCCCAAAAACCAGUGUCAGCCCGUCGCCCCCACUCGAGUGUCACGCCUGUGAACUUAACCAAACGAUUUGGAGUCGUCCCAGACUGCCACGUCAUGCCGCCAUCUUCCGUUGCAUGUGGACGGGUGACCAAACCUCGCGCCAAAACGGCCGGUCCAAAUCGAACAAGUGGGACGGUACCACCUUCGAUGGCCGUGGCAGUGGCGCCAGGUCGUGCCACCCGCCGCCUGCCGCCUCCUUCGACCUCUGAUGACAAUGGAGAUGAUGGUCAUGAUCAUUGUGGGGAUUUGUUUGCUGUGGGAUGCAUCGACCCAGUCGAGAAUGCGUUUUUGCUGUCGAAAUCACCCUUGGGAUACCAAAGCAACGUGCUCGAGAACAACAACACGAUUGAAUAAGACCACGACCAGCCUGCAAGUGAAAUCGACGACGACGACGACGGGCGGCUCCAUCAUGACAUGCAUAUGCAGUAGUACGUGCUAGCUACUACUAGUACUACUAGUACUA